AACAAAAAUUUCUAGUCACACUAACAAUGUCUGAUGUGGAAGUGGACCCACAGCCGGCUCUACCCGUGGUGGCCAUAGCCCCGAGGAGGCGUCGCCACAGCGGUCGUCGCGGAGGAGGUGGCUGCCUGGCCAUGCAGGAGGCCGGGACCUCGUCCUCAUCCUCAGCCUCGUUACCGCCAACUCGCUUUUGUCCACUGCCCGAGGGCGUCGAGGACAACUGGACGUGGAGCAAGCGGCAUCGCUCCAAAGAGGUGGUGCUCAGCGGACCCAAUUCCCGAACAGUGCACUUUCAUCCCAACUGGAGCAAGGGCACCGCCGGCGUCCAGGGCAAGCGAUCCCUGAACAAUGGUCGCUACUACUGGGAGCUGCAUGUCUCGCAGCGUGUCUUUGGCACCUCGAUUAUGUUCGGGAUCGGGACGAAGUCCGCCCGCCUCCAUGCCAACGCCUUCCGGAACAUGCUGGGCGAGAACGAGCACGGCUGGGGACUGUCCCACAAGGGCGUCCUUUGGCACAAGGGCGUGGCCCUGCUGUACACAAAGCGCUUCCGCGAAAACCAUCCCACCCAGAUCGGAGUACUCUUCGAUGGCAUAGAGGGAACACUCACGUAUUACAAGGAUGGCAAGUGCCUGGGCGUAGCCUUCAGAGGAUUGGAUCAGAUUGAUGAACCCCUGUACCCCAUCGUAUGCUCCACGGCCGCCAAAACGGAGAUGACCCUGAAGUGCACCCGGAGGGAGUUCGUCAACCUACAGGAUCGCUGCCGGGCGGUAAUAAUGCGGCGGGUGCGCAGCGCAUCGCAGCUGGAGAAGCUGAAGCUGCCGCUGCCCAUCAGUGAUUAUCUGGGAGAGGUGAUCGACGAGAUGGAGCCCCUGCGUCAGGUCAAUGAGCUGGAGAUGUGCAUAAUGAAUUAUGAUUUGUAAGCGGCCCGUGAAUCUGUUUUGUGCCAUCAGAAUGGAGUGCACUCCGCAUCCGCAACGAUGCAGUGCCUCUGGGACAUGUAAAUUUCUCGUAGUAGUUGUAUAGCGUGUUUUGUGUACCGUAUUGUUAAGCAUAUGGAUUUAUCAAAAUGUGGAUAAUCCGA